AUGUCCAAUAAGCAAACAUUAUCAGAGAAGGCAAGCAGAAGAAGGCAAGGAGAAGAAGGCAAGGAGAAGAAGGCAAGGAGAAGAAGGCAAGGAGAAGAAGGCAAGGAGAAGAAGGCAAGGAGAAGAAGGCAAGGAGAAGAAGGCAAGGAGGAGAAGGCAAGGAGGAGAAGGCAAGGAGGAGAAGGCAAGGAGGAGAAGGCAAGGAGGAGAAGGCAAGGAGGAGAAGGCAAGGAGGAGAAGGCAAGGAGGAGAAGGCAAGGAGGAGAAGGCAAGGAGGAGAAGGCAAGGAGGAGAAGGCAAGGAGGAGAAGGCAAGGAGGAGAAGGCAAGGAGGAGAAGGCAAGGAGGAGAAGGCAAGGAGGAGAAGGCAAGGAGGAGAAGGCAAGGAGGAGAAGGCAAGGAGGAGAAGGCAAGGAGGAGAAGGCAAGGAGGAGAAGGCAAGGAGGAGAAGGCAAGGAGGAGAAGGCAAGGAGGAGAAGGCAAGGAGGAGAAGGCAAGGAGGAGAAGGCAAGGAGGAGAAGGCAAGGAGGAGAAGGCAAGGAGGAGAAGGCAAGGAGGAGAAGGCAAGGAGGAGAAGGCAAGGAGGAGAAGGCAAGGAGGAGAAGGCAAGGAGGAGAAGGCAAGGAGGAGAAGGCAAGGAGGAGAAGGCAAGGAGGAGAAGGCAAGGAGGAGAAGGCAAGGAGGAGAAGGCAAGGAGGAGAAGGCAAGGAGGAGAAGGCAAGGAGGAGAAGGCAAGGAGGAGAAGGCAAGGAGGAGAAGGCAAGGAGGAGAAGGCAAGGAGGAGAAGGCAAGGAGGAGAAGGCAAGGAGGAGAAGGCAAGGAGAAGAAGGCAAGGAGAAGAAGGCAAGGAGAAGAAGGUGAUGGAGGAGGAGCUGGUAAUGUUUCUGCUGUUGGUGAUGUUGGUUUAGUUGCUGCUGGUGGAGGAGUUGUUUCUGCUAUUACUGGUAAAGGAGUUGGUUCUGCUACUGCUGGUGUGGGAGAUGGUGCUGCUGCUAUAGGAACUGGUUCUACUGCUGGAGGAGUUGCUUCUGCUGUUGCUGAUGGUGUUUCUUCUGCUAUUGCUGGUGAAGUAGUUUGUGCUGCUACUGCUGGUGAGGGAGAUGGUGUUACUGCUGUAGGAGCUGGUUCUAAUGCUGGAGGAGAUACUUCUGCUGCUACUGAAUGUGGUUCUUCUGAUGCUGCUGUUGAUUCUACUUCUGUUAGUAUUGCUUCUUUAGGACCACAACAACAACAACAACAACAACAAGAUCAGAUCCAAGGGAGGUCACAGUAG